AUGAAAUCUUGGUUUCAAGGGCUUGACUAUGACAAAGGUUUCAGACCUGAUGAGGCAGACCUAAUGAGCAUGGAAAAGGUAAACAAGCUAAAGCUAUUUCAUAACCUUGCAAAUGCUCAAGGUAUUUCGACCGUAGUGAAUACCAAGACUUCUACCUCUGCCCCAUCUCCUCUAGCGAUCACUAUUUAUGAUUCGACCUCUUCUCCUACCCCAACUAUAGAGACUCCGACUUCUGCUCCUGAGGUGGAUCAACUUGUAGACAUUGCAGCCACUUUAUAUGUGGAGGAGUUAAUUAUGUCUCUGGUUUCAACAAAGAGGGCCCAGAAUGAAGAUCAACAAUUUCCCCAAGAUGAGAGUUCUCCAAAACUAACUCGUUUCACCGAGGGUGGUGCUUCUAGGGAGGUAACUUCCUUCAUGCGGAUACCAAAUGUCUUCUCUUACCGGCUUACUUGCACUCUUGAGGAGGCUGCCGUUAUCGUUUCGAUGUCGGAUCUGUCUUUCAUUCAGAAUAUUCCUCAGGGGGAGAAAAUGGAAAUCAUCUUUGAGCUUGCUCACAACAUUUUCAAAAAUGAUUCUAUAUUUUCCCUUAUCUCUACUGGCCAGGGAGACGUACUGGCUCCAGGUAACCCCACCAAGGAAAGGGAUACUUGGAAAGGGAAAUGUGAAGCUAUGUAUUUGAGGUGCUCUACACUUCAGAAAAAGCUUGUUGCAUUGUAG